UGUUGAUCAGGGCUCACCUCCGCUCUCUAAGCAUCUCUGUCCGCUCGGACCCGCAAUGAUUAGCACGGAGAGUGUCCAGGAGAGUGGAGAGCAGCCCUGCGUCAGGCUGGAGCCCGCGAAGAGCACGCACUUACCGGGCAAGGCGACGCCGACCGGAGGAAGCAGCGCGGUGUUCACGGGCAGCAGCCCCAAAGUGACGGCCAACGGGGUGCACGACAUCGAGGACCGAAUCUUGAGGAUCACCGGCUACUACGGCUACAACCCGGGCUACUCCAGUCACAGAAGAGAGGACGGCUCUGACUCUCAUGCAGAGACACCAGCCAGCGAGACCAGCGAAGAGAGUCGACCCUUUCAAACAUGUACCAACACAGCUCUGAAGGUGCUGGGUGGCCUGCUGGUGGUUCUGUGCAUCUCCUCCUCCUGGGUGGGCACCACGCAGGUGGUGAAGCUGACCUUCCAGUCAUUCUCCUGUCCUUUCUUCAUUUCCUGGUUCAGCAGCAACUGGAACAUGCUUUUCUUCCCCAUCUACUACUCCGGACAUGCGGUUAUCACACGGGAGAAGCAGACCCCCAUACAGAAAUUCAGGGAGUGCAGUAAGCUUUUUGGUGAGGAUGGGAUGACUCUCAAGCUUUUUGUAAAGAGAACAGCCCCUUUCUCAAUCCUGUGGACACUGACCAACUACCUGUACCUCCUGGCCUUGAAGAAGCUGACCGCCACUGAUGUCUCUGCCCUCUACUGUUGCCACAAGGCCUUUGUCUUUCUCUUGUCCUGGAUCGUUCUUAAGGACCGGUUCAUGGGUGUUCGGAUUGUGGCCGCCAUUAUGGCCAUCACAGGUAUUGUAAUGAUGGCGUAUGCUGAUGGUUUCCAUGGGGAUUCCUUUGUGGGUGUGGCAUUAGCUGUGGGGUCGGCCUCCACAUCAGCACUCUACAAGGUGCUGUUUAAGAUGUUCCUGGGCAGUGCCAACCUUGGAGAAGUGGCUCACUUCCUCUCAACUAUGGGCUUCUUUAACCUCAUCUUCAUCUCCUGUGUGCCCCUUAUCCUCUACUUUACUAAAGUAGAGCACUGGGGCUCACUGUCAUCACUGCCCUGGGGAUACCUGUGUGGACUGGCAGGACUGUGGCUUGUGUUCAACAUCUUGGUCCAUGUUGGUGUGGUGCUGACUUACCCCAUCCUCAUUUCUAUAGGGACUCUGCUCAGUGUGCCAGGAAAUGCUGCCGUAGAUGUUUUGAAACAUGAGGUGAUCUUCAGCGUGGUUCGCCUGGCAGCUACCUGCAUCAUCUGCCUUGGUUUCCUGCUCCUGCUGCUGCCAGAGGAGUGGGACUCGGUCACGCUGCGGUUCCUGGCUACCAUCGCAGACAAGAAGUCGGAGGACCACGGCGAGGAGCUGACGGAGUCCAGCGUCCACACUCGAAGCCGCAGUCGAGCCAAUGGCACGGUCUCCAUCCCCUUGGCAUGACACUGCUAGAAGACCUCUCUGCUCAUGUUCCUCUGUCCGCUUGGACUCUGUCAGGAAGGCAGGAAGUGUUGUCUUGAACUUGACUCUUCAGUCUGGAGAUGCGUCUCUGUCUCUGCCACUUCACUGCAGGAGGGGAAAACAAGAACUUUUAUGGAUGUUACAAGCUGAAAGGGUGGAAAGUGUUAUUUACUUUCUUGAAAUACUUGCCACGCGCAGUCCUGUUCCUCGCACGCACCUGAACCAAGAGCUGACUGACCUCCCCCGACCUGCUCUGCAGACUGUAUUCUGUGAAUAUAAACAUUGGCAGAGCCACUUUGGCUCAAUCUUAUAGGUAUUUAUGAUAUUUAUUUAGAGCUGUAUCAAUAAGAGUAUCAAUUUUAAGUUUUAUGGAAUAGUAUUAUAUACAAGAAUGGCAAUUAUACUAUGUGUAAU